GCCGAAUUUAUUGAAUCCUCUCGCUAAGCGGCCACGGUCUAUCACCAUAUCUUUCAGUGCAUGGAUGCAGUCGCAUAAUCGUACCUCCAGUAGUCCACUGCGUCGUCAUCUUCACUGCCGCUUCCAGUACCAAUGUGUUCCAACGAGGCUCACUGCAGUUGUGCGGAGGAAAAUCCCAUCGAGAGGGUUCGACAGCUUAGGCGGGCGCAAUGUGUGAAGUGCAAGGGGUCAAAUGGGCCACCUGCACUUCUAAUUCGCAAAGAUGAUCCACCGCUCUGCAGGACUUGUUUUAUGGAUGCUUGCCUGCACAAAUUCAAAUCAGCUUUUGGAAAGUCGAACGUCAUAUCUAAACAAUCCGAAGUGGCCGUUGCCUUCUCUGGUGGUCGUUCUUCUAUGGUCAUGCUCCACCUCCUGCGACAGCAUGUGAAACGCCUUUUCAUCCCGAAGCUGUUUCAUAUCAUCGAACCAGGAACAACACAAACUGAGCUUGACAGAAUCUCAAAGAUUAUGGAAGACACAGAUUUUGCGUUUUCCAUGAUUGACCCUCGCAAAAUCCACGCAUCCAUUUCGCAGUUACGCGACGAAACCCGAACUUUUUCGGACUCAUUAUCUGUGAUGAAAUCCCUGCCGGAAUUGGAUACAUGGUCUCGACAGAAGUUGUUGGCUGAGUGCGCUCUACACCUCGACUGCCAGUUUCUAUGCCUUGGCGAAUGUGGGACUCACAUGGCCAACCACUUCGUCGUCGGUCUAAUCCAAGGACGCGGAAGCCAGGCGGCUGCUAGCGCUCAUUUUGUGGACCGCCGUUUUGAUGACGUCACCAUCAUCAGGCCCUUAUUCCAAUUUUUGUCCAAAGAGCUGGUUUUCUAUGCUCAUUUUGCAGGCCUUCAGCCUGUGAUAUCUCAGGAUUUGAUGACUUCUGCCGUAUUGGAGCGUCCUGGCGCGACCUCACUGCUUCGUUUGUGUGAGGACUUCUUAGCCGAAUUACAGGCUGGUGGUUUUCCCUCAACUGUACAAACGAUUCUGCGGACGGCGUCAAAAAUCGCAGUUCUUGAUCAAGUGGACAGCGCUACUAUCAAAUGUCUCCUUUGCAAGGAUCCUAUCCCAUCUUCUUCAACUAGUCGGACCAACUUGGCGAUUGCUGCUCUUAACAAAUCACGAGUUUUGCCUCGUCGUGAUGGGGCAUCUUCCUCCACCGAAGUGCAGUCUGAUAGACAACGCGAUCUGGAGCAACAUUUAUGUGCCGGAUGCCGGACAAUAUAUGAGGAAAUGCCGAGUCAGCUGAGACCCACGUUUGAGAAGGCAUUUUUGGAAUCCGAAGAUGCAAUUCUGGAAGACGACAGAUCUUGAGCGAUAAAAGUCAAUGGCCUAAGACAGUCAUCGUUGAUCUUGGAUGCUGUGACCAUGCACACAUUUUUAACCCAAUAAAUUCGUACCUCGCAA